AUGUCCGCAUCUGUUUUGAAAUUUGAUGCGAGAGUUGCUGCAAGGCACAUGCAUGGUAGAUACAAACAAAUAAUCAUAAUUUAUGGCUUUCAGUCUGAUGACCGACACAAGCAAAUGAAAAUUCCGUUUCCUGUUUUACACUCAAAUGUAGAUGAUGGAGACAAUAAUAGGAAAAAAGUAAUCGCCGUUUGCUAA